GGUGUUUCGUCUCGGUGAAAUUUAUCGUAUUUCUUGAUUGUUUUGUAUAAUAUGUGGUUCUUAUUUAUAGAAACUGAUUCUUAGUGAAAGCAGUUAAAUUGGAUUAUUUAGCAACAACUAAAAUGCAAAGAUGAUUCCACUAAAAGAUAAUCAAGAUGUGGCAUCUUUUCUUGUCACCAAACAUUCAUGGAAGGGGAAGUAUAAAAGGGUGUUCUCAAUCGGGACUCAUGGUAUCACAACAUACAACCCUGAUCGUUUGGAGGUAACCAACAAGUGGUUGUACUCAGAUGUAAUCACUAUAUCAUCAGCUAAACACUCAAACUCAGCAGCCAACCAUGACUUCACCCUUGUGAUGAAAAAAGAUAAGAAAGUUGAUUCUAUGAAGUUUUCCUCGGAACACAAGUGUCUGAUUCUUACAGAGGCAUUCAAAUAUAGGCAUUUGUUUGCUGAAAAGCCUAAGGAUGUUUAUAGAUACCAAGCCUACAAGCACCAUUGGAGUGGCACUCGUCUUCCAGUAGUUUUAGAAGUGGGGCCAUGCUCUCUAGAACAAUUAGACCCAGCUACACACACGUUACUAGCCAAUUACCCAUAUAACGAUAUCCAAGGCUUACUCCCAGUGCGAGAUGUGCCAGGUGGCUUCGUGAUAGCUCUGGGUGGAUAUAGUCGGCUACACAUGUUCUCUAAUGCAAUGGACCACCAAGGGAUCAUUAAUAAAAUGCUGGAAAUGGCUAAUCUAACACUCAAUAUAACAAUUAAAGUUCUAACGGCUACAAUUACGUUGGACGAUUAUCACAAUCAACGAUUUGGGAAGUAUAGUGGAGAUCAGCAUCAGACUUCAUUAAGUGAAUUUUUAGUACACAAAGUUAACCCCGCACGGCAUAUGGAGCCAAUGAAACGAACACUGUGCCUUUCUGACACUUGUAUUUUGGAGAGAGACCCACAGACAUAUUCUGUUGUGUGUCUUCGUCCACUCAGUGAUGUGUUUGCAAUGGUUCGUGAUCCAGAUCAUCCACAAAAGUUUUCCAUUGAAUAUCUUAACGGACAAGUGAGAACUUAUCAUGCUGGAGAGAGGGAUGCGUUACUAGCCUCGCUACUAGACGGUGUGCGUUCAGCCGGCCAGCGCGAUGUGCACGUGCGAAUGUCUCGUACACCUCGUGGGUACAGACUGGGACCCUUACACCAGCCUGUUGAUGAAGAGACGGAGUCUAAUCAUUUGCGGUUAUUCCAAAACCCAGUGGGCAUGUCGCGUGUGGAGGUGAUAGAACGAUUCAAUGCGAACAUUGGAUACAGUGGACUCAUUUAUUCCGUCAGUCAGGACCGUCUAUUCGCAGAGAACAAGGAAAAGCUGAUAACGGGCGCGUUGAGUGCGCUCGUGAGCAGCGCUCCGUCGGGCUCGAACCUGACGCCGCGCGAGCUGGAGGCGCAGUUCCACGCGCUGCGCCGCCUGUGCGCGAGCAAAGUGGGCUUCGCUGCGUUCACCGCGCUGCCGGGGUUCCGCGAAUGGAUAGGUUCAGCAGUGGUAUCAGCGCUGCGACGCGAGUCAGCGGCGUGCUCCCACGCGGCGCUGGAAGCUGUUUGUGCUCUUCUACAGCCGAUGCAUGCUGAACCGGAUCUCAGACAGGAACAGCUGAAUAAGGCCAGCAUGCUUGCGUCCCAGGCCUUCCUGGACGGAUUGCUGACUAUGUGGGCGCAGCAUAUUAUGGCGGGUAGCGGAGCACUUGUCGUAGGUGCCAUGUUAGAUUUCUUAACGUUCUCGUUGUGCGUGCCGUACAGUGAAACUACAGAUGGCAAACAGUUCGACCAACUGUUAGAGAUGGUGGCGACACGAGGACGUGUUAUAUUCCGACUUUUUGAGCACCCGUCCCACGCGAUAGUGAAAGGCGCCGGGCUGGUCACCCGCGCGCUAGUCGAGGAGGGCAGCGGUGGGGUCGGCAGCAGGAUCCAGGGACUGGCGCUAGCUGAAGCAGCUCUGCCCCGGCACCUGCUGACGGCGCUGUAUGAGCCGGCGCGGUCGGGGCUGGCGCGGCUGCACCACCGGCACCUCGCGCGGCACCUGGUGGCGCUGUGGCUGGUGGACCACGCGCCCGCUGCCGACCUGCUCAAGCGGAUCAUGCCGUCCGGUCUCCUCGCGUUCCUAGAGUCAGCAGAGGUUCCGCCCGCGGCCGCGUUAGAAGAGGAAGCGAUACAGGAACGAGACAACUUGCAACUUGCGCAAGCUGUCACCCGCCCGCGACCUAAACAUUGGGAGGCUGUGAAAUACGUUGAGAAACAUUUAGAGCACUACGCGUCACUAGCGCUCCAGCACUGGGCGCAACGUGCUCGUGGCACGGACGCCCGCAAGGAGGCCCAGGCGCGGCCGGUAGUACUGCGCAGGCGCAGAGAGAGGCUCAAGUCGACGGCCAACUGGCCGCUCUUCUACUACCAGUUCCAUCGCGAUCAUGCGCUGCCCAAUCUUAUAUGGAAUCAUACGACCAGAGAAGAACUCCGAAACGCAAUAGAAAAAGAGCUCCGUGACUUCACAGCGGAUAGAGAAGUAGCUGGCAAUACGCUCACAUCGUGGAACCACGCGGAAUUAGAGGUCCAUUACCAGUGCUUACAGAACGAGGUCAAGAUUGGCGAUUAUUAUUUACGGAUACUGCUAGAGCAAAAGGAUAACGACGAUAGUCCUAUAAGGAAAUCAUAUGAAUUCUUCAACGAUCUCUACCACCGAUUCCUUUCCACUCCAAAAGUAGAAAUGAAAUGCAUGUGCCUGCAAGCGAUGACGAUUGUGUACGGGCGGUAUUAUGAGGAUAUCGGACCAUUUGCGGAUACUAAAUAUAUUGUGCAAAUGUUAGAUAGAACAUGUGAUAGAAUGGAGAGAGAUAGACUGGUGCAGUUCCUAGCGAAGCUCAUAUUACACAAGAAGAAUGUUAGCGAAAUUUUAGAAUGGAAUGGUAUUAGGAUUCUAGUGGACCUAAUGACGUUAGCGCACUUACACACGUCACGUGCUAUGGUACCAGCUCAAUCCAAUGUGAUAGAAGGCCCAGUGGCUAACACGGAUGGAGAUCGCGAGUGGUACUACAAUGUGGAACAGGGGGACAAAGUUGUUAGGAAGGGACCAGUUAGUUUUAAACAGUUAAAAGAGUUAUACAAGACGGGGGAGAUCAACAACAAGACGAAGUGUUGGGCCAACAGCAUGGAGGGUUGGCGGGCGGUGGCCGGCAUCCCGCAGCUGCGCUGGAGCGUGGCCGCGCGGGGCCCGCCCGCGCUCACCGAGACCGAGCUGGCCGCUACUGUGCUCGACCUGCUCAUCACUUGCGCCAGAUACUAUCCCAGCAGAGAUGAAGAGGAAGCUGUGAUACGACCACUGCCAAAAGUAAAAAGGUUACUGUCAGAACCGGCUUGUUUAGCGCAUGUCGUGCAACUUUUGCUCACAUUUGACCCGAUUUUAGUUGAAAAAGUUGCAACACUCCUUUACGAAGUAAUGCAAGACAACCCAGAAAUUUCGAAAUUGUAUCUCACCGGUGUAUUUUACUUUAUGCUUCUAUAUACUGGUUCCAAUUUACUUCCAAUCGCGAGGUUCCUAAGACUGACUCACAUGAAACAAGCCUUUAGAUCAGAUCAGUCCAGUUCGGACAUAAUGCAGCGAUCGAUCUUGGGCCAAUUAUUGCCUGAAGCAAUGGUGUGCUAUUUGGAGAAUCACGGCGCGGAGAAGUUUGCGCAAAUCUUCUUGGGCGAGUGGGACACGCCUGAGGCUAUUUGGAAUUCAGAAAUGAGGCGGAUGCUAAUAAUGAAAGUGUCAGCGCACAUCGGCGAGUUCACGCCCCGGCUGCGCGCGCACAUCGCGGCGCGCUACCCGUACCUGGCCAUCCCGGCCGUGCGCUACCCGCAGCUGAGCCGCGAGCUGUUCUGCAACAUGUUCUACCUGCGCCAUCUGUGCGACGCGCAGAGAUUCCCCGACUGGCCCAUACCGGACCCGGUCGGGCUCCUCAAAGACGUGCUCGAAGCGUGGCGUCGCGAAGUGGACAAGAAGCCGGCGUCCAUGACUGCAGAGCAGGCCUACAUGGCGCUGGGGCUGAGCGGCGGGCCGCAGGAUGAAGCGGCUGUGCGCAAGGCGUACUACCGGCUUGCGCACCAGUACCAUCCCGAUAAGAAUCCUGAGGGACGGGAUAAAUUCGAGGCAGUGAAUCAAGCGUACGAGUUUCUGUGCAGUCGAAACGUAUGGACGGGUGAUGGUCCCAACACUAAUAAUAUUUUGCUCAUUCUCCGAACACAAACUAUCCUCUUCCAAAGAUACUCCGAAGUACUGGCUCCAUACAAGUACGCGGGCUACAAAGCACUACUCCGCACGGUGCGGCUGGAGGCGGAGGGCGAGCAGCUGUUCGCGGAGCGGGACGCUUCGCUCGCGCUGCUGCCCGCUGCUGCGGAGUUGGCGCACGCCACGCUAGCGUGCUCCGCGUUGAAUGCUGAGGAGCUGUGCAGGGAGGGGGGAUUGCAGGUGCUAAGCGAGGCGCUGUCCCGCUGCGUGUCGGUGCUGGGCGGCGCGGAGGCGCGCAGCACGGCGGCGCGGGUGUGCGCGCACUGCGCCCGCAGCUUCGCGGUGGCGGCCGCCUUCCCCGCCUGCCGAGCGGCCGCCGCCGCGCUGCCGCAGCUCGCGCCCGACCUCGUGCCGCUGCUCAAACGACCCCAACUGGGUGACACAGCAUGCGCGGGCGCAGAAGCGGUAGCGGCACUGAGCGCAGAAGCACAGUGUCGCGCGGCGCUAGCAAGUGCGGGCGCAUUGCACGCACUUUUACCCCCCGCGUUACAAUACGACUACACGCUCACCGAGAGCGGUAUGGAUACGGAGCAGGCGAGCAGCAAGCAGGAGAUCGCCAAUCGUCUAUCAGUACAAUGCGUGCGUGCUCUAGCGGCGCUAUACGGACCGCACGAGCAGCCUUCGCCGAUGGACGAAAAUAUAAGGAAUGCACUGCAUUUGUUACUGACACCGUACUUGUGUGCUAAACUGGCUGAUCCUGAUACGCAUGAGUUGCUCAAAAUCCUGACAUCCAACUGGAAGACACCGUACCUAAUCUGGGACAACAGUACCCGCGCGGAAUUACGCGAAAUGUUACGUGACUAUCGCGCGUUUGAGGACGAACCGCUUGUGCGUCCGUUCGUGUACACGGCGCAUGAGGGACUGUUGCUAGUGGGAGGGGUGUACCUGCAUAUAUAUAAUGAACAACCGGAGUUUAGUAUUGAGAAUCCUCAACAAUUCGUUUUAGAUUUGUUGAAGUUUGUAGAAGAAGAAAUUCAAUACGAUUUAACAGAUGAAAGAGCUGAACAUAUCACACUUGCUUUGAACUCUCUCGCCAACUGUAUAAUUAAAAAUCCAGGCGUAGAGAUUCAAUGCAACGGUCAGUUCGGUCUGAUCUUCGGGUUGCUAUCCGCACGUUCCCACCCGAGCGUGUCAAGUGCGGCACUACGUUGCGUGUCUGCGGCAGCUGGGUGUCGUGAAUGUGUGGAAGAUGUGGCUGCUCAUGGGCUGCUCGGGCACUUGUUGCCGCUGCUGCAGCAGAGUGAUGCUCUGGCUGCGCUGGCUGCUCUGCUCGCGAGCACUGCGCUGGUUCGCGAGGCGCUGGCUAAGGGGGCUGUUAUUUACCUACUGGACUUAUUCUGCAACAAUAAAAUGCCGGACAUGAGAGAGAGUGCCGUGGAUCUGCUGGCUCGCAUGAUGGCAGAUAAGCUACAUGGUCCAAAAGUGCGGCUGUGCAUAUCGCGCUACGUGCCGGGCGUGUUCGCGGAGGCGAUGCGCGAGGCGGGCGGGCUCAGCGCCGUGCACAUGUUCGACAGCGCGCACGAGCACCCCGAGCUCGUGUGGGGCGACGACGCGCGGCGCACCGUGCAGGCGCUUGUCGCGCGGCUCAGGGAACAACACUACGCGAAGCAAAUCCGCGACCCGUCCGCCACAUUCGAGGACCGCGAAGCGAGCGAGCGAAGCGAAGCGCGCUGGGCGCCGCCCGGCGAGGUGGUGGUGGGCGACGUGUACCUCAAGCUGUACCUGCAGAACCCGCACUGGGCGCUGCGCUCGCCCAAGCGGUUCCUGCAGGAGCUGCUCAGUGAAACGGUCGCUGCGUUGGCUAAGGACACGUCAGAGGGCAGCCGCGGCGACGUGUGCGCGCGCGCACUGGCGGCGCUAGUUCGCGCGCAGCCCGCGCUGGCGGAGGCCGUGGCGCAGCUGGGCGAGCUGCCGCGCCUCACGCGCCUGCUGCCCGUGUGCCCGCGCCACGCCGUGCCCGUGCUCGCCGCGCUCGCGCACACGCAGGCGGUUGUGGUAGCGUUAUCGCAAACAGAAGUAAUGUCGGGGCUCAAGACUGCCGUGAAGACUUGCCGAGAGGUGAUCGGAGGUGCGUGUGAGGCGCUCUCAACGAUAUUCAACAGUUCUGUGAAUACGGACAAAUUGGUGCUGCAGGCGCUCGAAACGGAUCUGGUGGGCGAGCUCAUAUCGAUACUGGAGGGCGGCGUGGAGGGCGAGACGGCCGCGCGGCUGGUGAGCGCGCUGAAGGGCAUGGCGCGCGCGGGGCCGCACGGCGAGCGCGUGCGGGCGGCGCUGGGCCGCUCGCCCGUGUGGCCGCACUACGCGGCGCAGCGGCACGACCUCUUCAUAUCGGACGGGCACGCGCCGGCGCUGGCGGCGGCCCCGCACGCAGCGGGCUACCUCACAGCAGCGCCGAUGUCGCUGCCCGCGCAGCCGCCGCCCAUCGACUGACGCUCGCACAUCGCCCUGCUUGCACACCCGCUUUAAUACAACCUUCCCCCUCACACACACACACACACACACACACAUAUUGUAGAGUUACAAGGAUAAUAAUGUAUACACCCCCCCCAAAUACAAACACACACAUAUUGUAGAGUUACAAGGAUAAUAAUGUAUACAUCCCCCCCAAAUACACACACCCACAUAUUGUAGAGUUACAAGGAUAAUAAUGUAUACAUCCCCCCCAAAUACACACACACACACAUAUUGUAGAGUUACAAGGAUAAUAAUGUAUACAUCCCCCCCAAAUACACACACACACACAUAUUGUAGAGUUACAAGGAUAAUAAUGUAUACAUCCCCCCCAAAUACACACACACAAACACACAUU